AUGUAUAGCAUGAUGGAAACUGAACUGAAACCAACCGCACCCCAGACAAAUUCUGGGGUUACGGGGAAUUCAAAUUCAUCUGGAAACAACCAGAAAAACAGUCCGGACCGAGUCAAGAGACCCAUGAAUGCCUUCAUGGUUUGGUCGAGGGGACAACGAAGAAAGAUGGCACAGGAAAACCCCAAAAUGCACAAUUCGGAAAUAAGCAAAAGACUUGGGGCCGAGUGGAAGCUUCUAUCCGAAAGCGAAAAGCGACCUUUCAUUGACGAAGCGAAGCGUCUCCGGGCUCUCCACAUGAAGGAACAUCCGGAUUACAAAUACAGACCCCGGAGGAAAACCAAGACCCUGAUGAAGAAGGACAAGUAUACUCUGCCAGGUGGGCUUCUUGCGCCGGGCGGCAAUGCCAUGGGCGCUGGAGUGGGUGUAGGGGGAGGCUUGGGCGGUGGGGUUAAUCAAAGGAUGGACAGUUACGCACAUAUGAACGGCUGGACCAAUGGAGGUUAUGGCAUGAUGCAGGAGCAGCUUGGCUACGGGCAGCACCCCGGUUUAAACGCUCACAACACCGCGCAGAUGCAGCAAAUGCACCGCUAUGACAUGAGCGCACUUCAGUACAACUCCAUGACAAACUCCCAGACCUACAUGAACGGAUCACCCACGUAUAGCAUGUCAUACUCACAGCAGAGCACUCCUGGAAUGACUCUGGGCUCCAUGGGUUCGGUGGUCAAGUCAGAGUCCAGUUGCAGUCCCCCCAUAGUCACGUCGUCGUCUCACUCAAGGGGUGCUCCGUGUCAGACUGGAGACCUACGGGACAUGAUCAGUAUGUACUUACCGGGUGCUGAGGUGCCGGAGCAAACUGCCCAAAGCAGACUCCAUAUGUCCCAACAUUACCAGAGCGCACCUGUACCAGGCACGACGAUUAAUGGCACACUCCCAUUAUCACAUAUGUAA